AUGCUGUAUAGUAAUAUAGCUUCAGUUUAUGCAGCAAAUGAUAAUUCUAGUGAAAGUAUUAAAUAUAAGAAAAAAGCUCUGCCUAUUGCAUUGAAAUAUGUUGAUUCAUCUCAUCCAACACUAGCUACAAUUUAUAAUAAUUUAGCUGCCUAUGAAAAUUUAGAUGAUUAUGAACGAGCAUUAGUGUGUUAUCAAAAGGCAAUUGAUUUCAGAAAAAAUGCUGAAGAAACAGAUGAUUCAAAAAUUGCACAAACAUAUCGUCAUAUUGCUUCACUUUAUGAUACAAAAGAAGAUUAUAAAUUAGCAUUAGAUCAUUAUCAAAUGAUGCUUGAAUGUCAAUUAAAAUCCCAACUACCGUUGAAACAUCCUGAACUUGCCACAACGUAUGAUUUCAUUGGUUGGACACAUUAUAAAAAUGAUCAAUCACAAUUAGCUUUAAAAUUUAUGAAAAAAGGUCUUAACAUUCGAUUGAAGAAUAAUAAUAGUUCAGAUGAAUUGUUCAGUAC